ACUUACGAAUUACAUACAUAUUUGUUAUCCAUGAUUGAACUGAUAGCAACGACCACUUGUCCUGUCGCUCGCUUAUCGCCAGAUUACUAACGAUAUAUAUUCUUCUCUGUUGUUAGUUAGAACGUCUUGUGCUCCAUACACAGACCCAAAUACCCAAUUCCUCUACCGGAUCUCUUCAAUUAGUUCCGGAGCAGCCAAGGUGAGGGUGUUCAUCCCUUCUAUUCGCGUCCGCCAUGUGGCGAGACCGCACCAACCUAUACAUAUCCUACCGCCAAUCCUAUGCCCACCACCCGGCCAAGAAGACUCGGUACGGCCCCGGCCCCAGCGGCGGCGGCGGCGUCGGAAAUGGCUUCUCGGAAUUCGGUCGCGGUAGCGGCAGCGCCGCCUCCGAGGACCAGCAAGGGCUGCUGUCGGGCGGCGACUACCACGACGAUGGCGACGCCGUGAUCGAGAUGGACCUGCUGCCCCCGCGCUGGGCCGACAUCAACGACGAGGUGUCCGAUCUCCUCGCCGACGUGGCCCGCAAGUCGCAGACCCUCGAGCGCCUGCAUCAGAAGCACGUGCUGCCCGGCUUCAACGACGAGGAGGCCAAGAAGGCCGAGGAGGGCGAGAUCGAGCGCCUGACCCAGAACAUCACCAAGAGCUUCCACGAGUGCCACCGGUGCAUACAGCGCGUCGAGCAGAUGGUGCGCGAGGGCAAGCAGAGCGGCGCCAUGACGAGGGCCGAGGAGACCAUGGCCAAGAAUAUACAAAUAAGCCUCGCCGCGAGGGUACAAGAGGCAAGCGCCGGUUUCAGGAAAAAGCAGAGCGCAUAUCUAAAGAAACUUCGCGGCAUGUCCGGCCUAGGCGCUGUCUCGCCGGGGGGCGACCGAUCCUCCACGCCCCUCGGCGGCGCGACCAGCAGCAACACUUACGCAGCCGAUCCGUCGCUUCUCGAAUCCGACGCCGACCGCUCGUACUCUCAGUCGGCCUUACAGCAGACGACGCAGCAAAGAUUACUCCACAGCAAUGACGCCGUGAUACUGCAACGCGAACGAGAGAUCGAAGAUAUCGCUCAGGGCAUCAUCGAGCUAUCCGAUUUGUUCAGGGACCUGCAGACCAUGGUCAUCGACCAAGGCACUAUGCUCGACCGUAUCGAUUACAACGUCGAGCGCAUGGCCGCUGACGUAAAGGGCGCCGAUCGCGAGCUCGUCGUCGCCGCCGGCUACCAGAAGAAGACUACCAAGCGCAAGCUCAUACUACUCCUCGUGUUACUCAUCGUCGGCGCCAUAAUACUUCUCGUCUUAAAACCUAAGAAUCGUGGUCGGGGUGGCGGCGAUAGCGGCGAUGGAGGCUGACGAGGCUGUGUUUCUUUUUUUUUUUUGUUAUACGUUAGAAAACUAUGUAGGAAGUACGGUAUGAUAAAACAUGGCUCGAUUCGUGUGUUCGGGCCAGUCGAACUAGAUGUCGGGCGACUUAUCGCUGGCAUAGGAGGCGUCAACGAGAAACAUCUAUGUACUAAAUGGGUUUAUUUAAAUUUUAAUUUCAUCUUAGAUAUAUGCCCCU